UCAGCAUCUCAGACCUGUGUAUUCAUUUCUCUGGGAUAGUGAAGCAGAACGCAAUGGCAGCUCUGGGUUUAGAGAUAUUGGGCGUCACGUUGGCCACACUGGGCUGGAUAGUUGGCAUCGUGUCCUGCGCUUUGCCAAUGUGGAGGGUGACUGCCUUCAUCGGGUCGAACAUUGUGACAGCACAGAUAAUCUGGCAGGGCAUCUGGAUGGAUUGUGUGGUACAGAGCACGGGCCAGAUGCAGUGUAAGGUCUAUGACUCCAUGCUGGCAUUGCCCCAAGACCUACAGGCAGCUCGAGCUCUGUGCGUGAUCGCCAUCAUGCUGGGAGUGCUGGGAGUCUUGGUUUCUGUCGCAGGGGCCAAGUGCACCAACUGCAUAGAUGAUGAAGGCACGAAGGCCAAGGUGAUGAUUUCUGCUGGGGUGACAUUUAUCUGUGCUGCGGUCAUGGAGCUGAUUCCGGUGUCCUGGUCGGCCCACACGAUCAUCACAGAUUUCUACAACCCGGCAAUAACACAGGCACAGAAACGAGAGAUUGGAGCGAAACACCGAGCAUUUACGACCAUGUCUGCUGGCCUGGAGCUCAUUGGGAUUGUGCUGUGUGUGCUCGGCUGGCUCCUUGCCAUUGUCUCCUGCGCUCUUCCCAUGUGGAGGGUCACGGCCUUCAUCGGCAGCAACAUCGUGACAGCGCAGAUUUACUGGGAUGGCCUGUGGAUGAGCUGUGUGGUGCAGAGUACCGGUCAGAUGCAGUGCAAAGUCUACGACUCCACGUUGGCGCUUUCCCAAGAUCUCCAAGCAGCUCGUGCACUCACUGUCAUCUCUAUCCUGCUGGUCAUUUUGGCCAUGCUGGUGUCCAUCGCUGGGGCCAAGUGCACCAACUGCAUCGAUGAUGAACCAGCCAAAGCCAAAGUCAUGAUUGUGGCUGGAGUUCUCUUCCUUGUAGCUGGCAUCAUGCAGCUAAUUCCCGUUUCCUGGUCAGCUAAUACCAUCAUCAGAGAUUUCUACAAUCCCUUACUCAACAACCCGCAGAGGUGGGAGCUAGGGGCUUCGCUUUACAUCGGCUGGGCCGCCACGGCUCUCCUGCUUAUAGGAGGAUCAUUGCUAUGUUGCUCUUGCCCUCCAACUAGGAUGCCUUACUCAACUUCCCACACCGCACCUACUGGUGGAUAUGACAGAAGAGACUAUGUGUGAGUCGGAAAAGGAAACAUGUUGCAUGUACCGUUGCAUGUCCAAGACAAGGGCACAAAUAUGUCUUCCAAGACCCAGAAUGCAAAAAAAGGAGGACAAAAAAUUAUUUUUACCAUGGCCUACUAAAAAGAGUGUUAUAAAGAGCUGUUUUCUGCUAUUUUAUGUUUUUAUUUCAAAUAACUACAAUAAUAUUCAGUAAUUUAAUAUACUUUGUGAGUGUUUUAUAAAUGCUUGAGCAUUCAGAAGAGAAGCAAAACUCAAAUGUAAACACUUCUGUACAUUGUAGCUUGCCUUGUAAAAGGAAACUGUGUGGUGAAGCUGCGUGAGAAGCAAGCCAGGUGGUAAAAAGUGAACAGCUUAAUGUGGGCGGUGAAGUAGAAAAGAACAUUUGUAUCAAGCUGUGCCUACACUGAAAAAUAUUUUACUGCCAUAUUCAUCAAGAUUUUUUCACUUUCAAUUUUUUUUAUUUAUUAUUUUUUUUACUGCUAUUAGAUGAAACAGACCAAAUGUUUGUACUAAAGAUUUAUCAAGUUUUAAUGUAAUGUCAUAAAUGUAAUGAUGCAAUAAAUUUUAGUCUGUC